AUGUCGCUCCAGGUCGAGGACCCGCGGAGCACGGAGACGCCGGCGCCGCUCAAGCGCCACGACUCGCUGUUCGGCGACGCAGAGAAGGUCUCCGACUCGAAGCACCAUGGGUCUCAGGUGAGCUGGAUGCGGACGCUGAGCCUGGCUUUCCAGAGCGUGGGCAUCAUCUACGGCGACAUCGGGACGUCGCCGCUCUAUGUCUACUCCAGCACCUUCCCGGACGGCAUCAAGGACAGGGAUGAUCUCCUGGGCGUCCUCUCGCUCAUCCUCUACACUCUCAUCAUCAUACCCAUGCUCAAGUACGUCUUCAUGGUGCUCUACGCCAACGACAACGGAGAUGGUGGCACGUUUGCGCUUUACUCGCUGAUAUCACGGUACGCGAAGAUCAGGCUGAUCCCGGACCAGCAGGCGGAGGAUGCGGCGGUGUCCAAUUACCACAUAGAAGCGCCAAACUCGCAGCUCAAGAGGGCGCAAUGGUUGAAGCAGAAGCUCGAGUCCAGCAAGGCGGCCAAGAUUGUGCUCUUCACCCUCACCAUCCUCGGCACGUCAAUGGUGAUAGGCGAUGGAACCUUGACCCCAGCAAUCUCUGUGCUCUCUGCGGUGAGUGGGAUCAGAGAAAAGGCGCCAAGCUUGACUCAGACACAAGUGGUCCUCAUCUCAGUGGCCAUUCUGUUCAUGCUCUUCUCGGUGCAGCGCUUCGGGACCGACAAGGUCGGGUACACCUUUGCGCCGGUCAUCUCAGUGUGGUUCCUUCUGAUUGCUGGCAUCGGGUUGUACAACCUCGUCGUUCACGACGUCGGUGUUCUACGGGCCUUCAAUCCCAUGUAUAUAGUGCAAUACUUCGUAAGGAACGGGAAGAGUGGGUGGGUGUCACUUGGUGGAAUUAUCUUGUGUGUCACAGGCACAGAAGGCAUGUUUGCUGACCUAGGACAUUUCAACAUCAGGGCUGUUCAGCUCAGCUUCAACGGCAUCCUGUUCCCGUCGGUGGCACUGUGUUAUAUUGGGCAGGCGGCUUACCUGAGGAAAUUCCCAGACAACGUUGCAAACACCUUCUAUAGAUCCAUCCCAGGUAAGAUCAACUCUCCACGUCUAUGUGCAGCACCAAUGUUCUGGCCAACCUUCAUCGUCGCCAUUCUUGCCGCCAUCAUCGCAAGCCAAGCCAUGCUCUCCGGUGCAUUUGCCAUCCUCUCCAAGGCCCUGUCUCUCGGUUGCAUGCCAAGGGUUCGAGUCAUCCACACCUCGCACAAGUACGAGGGGCAGGUGUACAUUCCUGAAGUGAACUUCCUCAUGGGAUUGGCUAGCAUCGUCGUCACGGUCGCCUUCCGGACGACCACCAGCAUCGGCCAUGCUUACGGGAUCUGCGUGGUGACCACGUUUGCGAUCACCACCCAUCUGAUGACCGUGGUCAUGCUGCUGAUAUGGAAGAAGCACGUCAUCUUCAUCAUGCUCUUCUACGUCGUGUUCGGCUCCAUAGAGCUGAUCUACCUCUCGUCCAUACUGUCAAAGUUCAUCGAAGGCGGGUACCUCCCCAUCUGCUUCGCGCUGGUGGUGAUGAGCCUGAUGGCGGCGUGGCACUACGUCCAGGUGAAGAGGUACUGGUACGAGCUGGACCACAUCGUGCCCACCAGCGAGAUGACGAUGCUGCUGGAGAAGAACGAGGUGCGGCGGAUCCCCGGGGUGGGCCUCCUGUACACGGAGCUGGUCCAGGGCAUCCCCCCGGUGUUCCCCCGGCUGAUCCAGAAGAUACCCUCCGUGCACUCCAUCUUCAUGUUCAUGUCCAUCAAGCACCUGCCCAUCUCGCGCGUCGUGCCCACGGAGCGCUUCAUCUUCCGGCAGGUCGGGCCGAGGGAGCACCGGAUGUUCCGCUGCGUGGCGCGGUACGGCUACAGCGACGCGCUGGAGGAACCCAAGGAGUUCGCGGCGUUCCUCGUGGACAGGCUCAAGAUGUUCAUCCAGGAGGAGAGCGCGUUCGCGCUCGCGCAGGACGAAGAGGAGAGCGGCGAGGUUUCGGACGCCCAGGCGAGGCCGUGGCGGUCCACGGUGCACAGCGAGGAGGCGGUCCAAGGCCAGGCGCGGGUGAUCAGCCACUCGGCCUCGGGGAGGGUGAGCUUCCACACGAACCAGGCGGUGGAGGAGGAGAAGCAGCUGAUUGACAGGGAGGUGGAGCGAGGGAUGGUGUAUCUGAUGGGGGAGGCCAACGUCACGGCGGAGGCCAAGUCCUCCAUCUUGAAGAAGGUGGUGGUGAACCAUGUCUACACCUUCUUGAGGAAGAACUUGACGGAGGGGCACAAGGUGCUGGCCAUUCCCAAAGACCAGCUGCUCAAAGUCGGGAUCACAUACGAGAUAUAG